AUGCUCCAAUUCACCAUCCACGGCCUCAGCGCGACACGAAGAAUCUUUUCUACUGGCGAUAUCGAUCACAAAUGGUACCGCAAUCAUGACACGUCCUCCGGCGAAGACGAACUGGGCGAUCUUGGCCCUCGCAAUGACCAAGAACCAUCGAAUCGGACGACUUAUGUUCUCCGCCCCAUCCACAUACGCUUCGCAUCUCGCGAACUUAAAGACAUAUUCCUCGUAUUACAUUCCAUGGGUCUCGGACUUGCCCAAUUUCACAUCGUCAAGCCAAACAACUCUUCCUCCAUUGACACCGAGACCGAACCCCCAAAAGUCAUCGAACGACUCACAAGCGAAUACGCCAUCGUGCCCCUCAUACCUUUCACAAUACCCUCAACGACGGACUCGACAAUCCCCAUCACCGAAAAUCCCUGGUCUUCUUCACCACCUCAUCGUGAUAUUGAAGAUCCACCACUCUCAACAUCACCACAAGCUCCUCAAGUAGAAGAAGACAUCUACUCCCGCACUAACACCAUCCCCAACCAACUCCUCCUCGCCGCAGAUGCGAAGAUCCAUCUCCAAAUUCAGCUCUCCAUAGGCGAUACAACAAUCACGCUUCGCGAACAACGUCGCGUGAUAAUACUUGAAUUCGAAUUCGUGGAGGAUUUCGCCGUGACGAAUCACCAUACGUCAGAACAACAUGCGAAUUCAAGAAAUCUCUCAACCAGGAGAGCAAUACUGAAAGAUUUCCGCCAAGCGACGCUCAGUGGAGCGAGUCAUGAUAUGUUGCAUAGUGUCGUGGGUGCGAUGCGGAAUUGGAGGGCGAUGCCGUGA